AUGUCAAGUCGCCAACUGAUUGACUCCGUCAUCGACGAUGAUGACGAGUUCUGCCCUCUCUGCAUCGAAGAGUUCGAUUUGUCGGAUAAGAACUUCAAACCAUGUCCUUGCGGGUAUCAGAUCUGCCAAUUUUGUUACAACAAUAUCAAGACGCAAAACGAAGAGGGCCGAUGCCCGAAUUGUCGACGAGUCUACGAUGAGAGCACCAUCCAAUACAAGGUGCCCGACGCAGAUGAGUUCAAAGCGGAUCUUGCGCUAAAACACCGCAAAGCGGCCGCCGCGAAAAAGAAGGAAGCGGAAAAACGGGAAAUCGAAGCAUCCAGUCGGAAGAACCUCGCCGGUGUCCGUGUUGUGCAGAAGAACCUUGUCUACGUUAUCGGCCUCAACCCUACAAUACGCGACGAAAGCCAACUUCUUCAGACUCUGCGCGGGAAGGAUUAUUUCGGCCAGUAUGGGGAUAUUGAGAAGAUUGUUGUCAGUAAGGCGAAGCCCGGGGGCAACCCAAAUCAAGGCAUUGGCGUUUACGUCACGUAUGCCAGAAAGAGCGACGCUGCGACUUGCAUUGCCGCGGUAGAUGGCUCCGGGAAUGGGGAUCGGGUUCUAAGGGCGCAAUACGGAACGACCAAGUACUGCUCGUCCUUUUUGCGCAAUGAGCAAUGUCAUAAUAGGAACUGCACCUUCUUGCACGAAACGGGCGAAGACAGCGAUAGCUACAGCCGCCAAGAUUUGUCAUCGAUGAAUACGAUCUCGAGUCAACAACAACGGCCCAACGGUGCUCCCGGCCCCAGCUCCGCCACCCCACCGUAUGUUGCACGGACGUCGGCGCAACCAAUUUCGCAAACGCUACGGCGUCAACCAAGCAAAGACGAUGCAGGUGGAACUGCGCUCCCGUCGUCUGCUAGCUGGGCCAACAAGGAUUCCGCAAUCAACCGAACACGACGAGCCAGCUUAACAGGUAGCCAAGCUUCCCAGAGUCCUCGAUCCGCUCUCGCAACAGUUGUUCCGCCUUUCGAUGAUACCAAGCGGGCUGAGAAACAGCCGACUCCGCCAGAGCGCCCUCAACCCGCCCAGACUCCUUCGCUGCCGGAUGCCUCACCAUUCAAUCCCCCUCAGCCUGCUUCACCGAAAACCCCGGCCGACAAAGGCACGCCGUUGCUGGAUAAUCUGUUGAAGGCUGUGAACUCUCCAUGCUUCAAGUUCAUCUUCUCGACGGCUGGCCUGUCAUCGGAUGAUGCGGCCGGCCUCGAUAAUCAUCUGUCGUUCAUAGACCCCUAUGGAGGCGUGAAACGUCGCGCUAUGCGGGAGAAGGCUGAGCACGAACGCGCGAAGCGGGAACAAGAGCUUCUACAGGCGGCUCCGGCUGCUCCGGCUGCUCCAGCUGCAGAGGAGGAAGGUCGUGAGAGUGGCAGCCUUCAGCUCGGUGGCGAACCAGACGAUGCUCACCCUCCACGAGGUCGUGCUGGCCGCGAAUCUCAUGGUGCGAUCCAACCCCCAUCGCAGCAAGGCACAGCAACAAGCUCGGCUAUCGGCUCGCCUGUAUCAGCUGCUGGCCAUCAAUUCCAAAACAUCAACCUCCACAACCGCAGCUUAACCCCAUUGCAGCAGCAACAGCUUAUGCUGCUCAAAUCGGCAGGCAACCAACAGGCUAGCCUCGUCGAGCCCUUGCAGACUGGAAUCAACUCUAACACUUUGGAUCAUGCCGCGCAAGCUCGACAGAGCCUUCUGCAAAGCCAGGCUGCCCAGCUCAACGCGCUCCAGCAAGCCCAGAACCGCCAAAAUUCCCGCUUCUCCUUCACGGAUGCCAAUGCCAAGAAUCUGGCCAACUCGCGCAUGCUGAACCAGGCCUCUUUGAUGCAAUCGGGCACACCCAAUCCCCUUGCAGCGCCCAGUCCGCAGCACUCUCUUGCCAGCAACUACUACACCAGUGGUGUUCAAGGACCUCCUCCUGGGCUGAAGACAGCCGGCACUCCUCCGGUCAGUGGCGGCGGCAUGUUUGCACAGGGUCACGGUUUCACAUCAAAUGUCGGUCUUGGGUUGGGUGGCAAGCAGGAAGCCAACCCGGAAUUGAUGCGCGAGCUGCUGCGCGGCCGCAGUGGUACAAAUGCGAGCGGGUUGCCGGACCAAGAUACCAAGCGUGAGUUAAUGUUUCCUUUCCUCCAACAACACCAUACUCCCCCUCCCCUGACUCCUGUCAACGGCCUUCUCAGCUCUGUCUAUGGACCUCAGGCGGGGAGCACCUCCGACUCCGGGUCACAAAAACAGAGGAAGAAGGGGAAGAAGCAAAGAAAUGCUAACACUUCCUCCGCUGGAGGCGGUGUAGUACAUCUUGCAGACCCGAGUAUCCUGCAGGCGAGGAUGCACCAGGCGAAUGCUGUUGCUGGUCAAGGAUUGUAUGGGAGUCAGGGUCAAGGUGGGUACGCCAUGAUGUAUGGCGGCGGUCUCAACCGCUGGUGA